UUGUUUUGGAAAGCCGUUGGCCAACGGUCGCCAUUAUUCUUCCUGGCUUGACGUAGCGGAGAAAGACGGUUAAAUAGUUUUUUACAUUAUAUUUCGGGCUGAACCGUAACGUCGCUGACGCACUCGGUGCCGUCGGUCGUUUGACAUGUGUUAGCGACGCGUCCUUGUACACACAAUGGAGAAACGGUCUGACACCGCAGGUGUUGGCGGCGCCCUACCCCUCGCCUCCCUCCGCCUGAUGGCGUCCCCGCUGCAGCUGACGUACUCGUACAUAUGGCAGGUCAUACGGCAGCGGAACGUGAAGCAGUACGGCAAGGUGGAGGAGUUUGUGACCAUGGUGACGCAGACCGUUCCCGAGCUCAUGAGCUUCAAGCAGACGGCCCAGCUCCUCCUGGGGUUGAGAGCCAGGAUCAUUUUGGAAUUGCUUCACAAAGACGGCCCACCAGAUUCCCGAACUAUUCAAACUCUAAUCAACAAGUUGAAGGUCUCCUCUUCAGGGAAGGACACAGAAGUGGAGAAAUGUCAAACAAACUUCAUGGUGCUGGUCCAGAAUCUGCUCAAGAGCACUGCUGAAAGGAAGCGCUUCUUCCAGGAAGUGUUCCCUGUUCAGUACGGCACAAAGUUUGACACGGCGCUGCAGGCUCUGACUGCGGGCCUGGUUUGCAAGCUGGAGCACCUUCUUCCUGUUCCCAAUCUGUCCCAGCUUGGUGCCAUGAUCUCAUCCGACCCCACUGUCCUGGAGGCGUGUGGAGGCUUUAUCCCGGACCAGACAGACCUGAAGACGCUCCUUCUGCACCAGCAGGCCAAAGGACUCCUCGCUGUUAAAGCCACCAUCUCUUCAUCGGUGGGCGACUGCGUUCUCUCUUCCCUCGCCUUUCGGCCCAAACCAGUGGAGCCUCCACCGCUGCCGCUGCCGCCGCCACCACCACCAGAAUCACCAAAACGUUUAGAGGUCAUCCUCGUUGGUGCAAGCCCAGCCUCCCUCAGUGAUGCCGAAGAACUGGGAGUGAUGUCAGACGACUCUGACCGCCCAGAAACGCCUGCUGCUAGACCGCAGCGAAGAGGGCAAUGCAGUGAUAAAACGGGUGAUGGCAGCGCAGCAGUGGAAACAGGUGUCACAAUGACAGCUCAGAGCGAGAAUCUGGCACAGGAAAAGAGUUCUACAGAGGUGCAGACUUCCACUACCAUACAAAGCAGCGGAGAAGACGGAGCAACAGCAACGCCAGAGAAACUAGAACCACAGCAGUUGCCCUUGAAAUCGAUCCCUUUCAGGGUCGUUCAAAUGCCGAUCAAAAUGCCCCCCGGCUUAGAGAAUGCGGGCAGUGCCGGAAUUAAGGAUGGCCAAAAGCCCCAGACUCAGCGGGUCACGUUGCAUCAGUGGGUGUCGCAGAUUGCCACUAACUCGCUCUCACUUCCAGCUUUGCCACCGCUCCCUCCAGCCAGCCUGAGUGGGGGAUAUGGCAUAAGGCCAAGCAUGAGAAGAAAAAAGCAAAUUAGGCCUCCGGCCGACAGAUUCACCUGCAGCGUGUGUGAUAAAAGCUUCCCGUACCAGUCCAAGCUAAUGGACCACGAGCGCAUUCAUACAGGAGAGAAACCGUUCCUGUGCACGGCGUGCAACAAGAGCUUCCGAACGCAGGCGUUCCUCAACAACCACCUGAAGACCCACAGCACGGCGCGUCCGUACGCGUGCGGCCAGUGCGGCAAGUGCUUCACAAAGCUGCAGAGCUUGACCAAACACAUGCUCGCCCACAGCGGCCAGAAGCCCUUCUACUGCAACAUCUGCAACAAGGGCUUCACGCAGUCCACCUACUUCAAGAGGCACAUGGAGUGCCACACGAGCCAGGUGACGUUCCCCUGCAAGCACUGCAGCAAAAGCUUCCCGACGGCGUUCAAGUUGACUAACCACGAGCGCUGGCACACCAGAGAUCGCCCGCAUAUGUGCGAGCGCUGCGGCAAGAGAUUCCUCGUCCCCAGCUUGUUGAAGAGACACAUGGGCUACCACAUCGGCGACCGCCAGUAUCUCUGCUCCCAGUGCGGGAAGACCUUCGUCUACUUGUCUGACCUGAAGAGGCACCAACAAGACCACGUGCCCAAAGCGAAGAUCCCGUGCCCAGUUUGCCAGAAGAAGUUCUCAAGCAAGUACUGCCUGCGGGUUCACCUGAGGAUCCAUACCAGGGAGAGGCCCUACCGGUGCUCCAUAUGCGAGAAAACCUUCACCCAGGUGGGGAAUCUGAAGGUGCACAUCCGGCUGCACACCAAUGAGCGACCCUUCAGCUGUGACGUGUGCGGGAAGACCUACAAGCUGGCGUCCCACCUGAACGUCCACAAAAGAACUCACACGUGCAAGAAGCCCUGGACGUGCGACACGUGCGGGAAGGGCUUCUCUGUCCCGGGCCUCCUGAAGAAGCACGAGCUGAUACAUACGAGGGAAGCCAACCCGGACUUCUCCGGCAAACGGAGGCACAGAACCAAGCACAAGAAGCACUCCCUCAAGAGGAAGUACGAUGAGGAAGAGGAGGGCAGCGACGAUUAUUAAUCAAAGAAGUAUAUUUUGUCAUAAAUAGCUCUGAUCAGAUCACUGAGGUUAAAAACCGGGGCUUGUCCAGAAAGCUACAGCACAAGGAAAUCUUUGAACCUAUUUGACCUGUUUCCUCGUGGUGGCGAUCAUGGUUUGCGUAGUGAAAACACAUUUGAUUGAUGAUAUUUUUUCCUAUCAUUGAAUAUAAAGUCUCCCAAAAAUCUGAGUUGUAAUCUGUAUUGUUAGUGGUAUUGGCUGGAGCAGCUCCACUAGUAAAGUCUAUUGUAUUACUGUAUGACUGUGCUGUUCUUCAUAUAGUUAGUUGCCCAACGUUGUAACAAUAAGAGAAAUAUAAGAUAGCGUUACAGCCUUGUGAUAAUUUUCUGCUGUUUGAGCAAGUUGUUGUCCCCACCAUGCAUCAUGCAUUACAAAAGGCUUCCUUAUUAUGUCAAAUAUUUAAUUGAUGAAUAUCAAGUAAAAAAUAUUUUGAUGCAUGUGACUGUGUAGACAAUGUGUAAUUAAAAUGUUGUAGUGUCACUAGAAAACAUUUAACUUUGUUACAGUAACCUUGUUCAGCUUUUAUAUGUAACCGUGAACUGUUAACAAACAUAUACUCUGCUUUUGACUAAAAUAGACUAAAAGGCUGAUUUGUGUUUAUUAUGUUUUCUUUUUUGGGGGGGGGAAUCCAGCAGUCUGUGCUGUUUUGUUGCUGUAAUGGUGUUGAAUUAGGAAAAGAAAUCAUUGAGGAUUUUUUUUAUUUGGGUUGAGCACAAUAUUCAUUCACUCUUAUCCAAAUGUGUGAUGAGGUUGUGCUGUGCCGAGCUUUUCUUUACUUUACUUACUACCACUUUUGUGAGCAGCCUUGUUUAAGCAAAAAAUAAUGUUCCUGUUCUCAGUUUUAAAAAUUCUUUUUUCCACUUUUGAUGUUUUACAGAAAAAAUAAACACUUAGUAAAGAACCA